CAUCAACCGGUGCAGAAAGGACAAAGUAGAAUUAGCUAGACAAAGUUGAAAAGGCCAUAAAUAAACAUCAAUCAUCCACUGCCGAAGUUCGAAGACCAUUAUCACUGAGGUGCAGCAGCGGCAAAGCAAACUAAUGUGGAGCAUGAGGAGAAAUGCAACUCAACGAAAGCACCACUGUAACUCUGUAAGGACAGAUAGAUGUGGCUUGAAGAGCAAUGUUAGAAUGUCUGCAAUGGUAAACUCAACGAAACUCUGUCCCCAAUCGCUUGCAGGCAAUCACAAACUUCUGUUGAUUCAAUCCCAUAGCUUUGAUUCACGAAUCCGACCACCUCACCAGCUCCGCUGGCCAUCUCCUUGUUUUUCCCAACGUCAACCUCCCUCCGCCUCUAUAAGAAGAAAUUCCAAUCCGCAUAAACCAGACACCCGUCCAGAGAAGAAAUUGAACGCAAAAACUACAACAAUCAAUCGGCUAGAAAAGAAGAAUCUAGUGGCUUCAGCAAGCCCCGCAGUCCCAAAUAGUCCUCAUCUUCUCUCCGCUCCAAUUUCAGGUUCUAAUGCCCCGCCCACAGCCGCGGGCGACGUCGACAGCGCCAACACAGAUGACAUCUCAACCCUCCACAGCUACUCGGUGUCCUGCUAUUUGCAUUCCAGCCACCACCAGAUCGGCACCAAGGGUUUCGGUGGAGAGUUGCAGUCGCUGCCCUGCGAGGCGGCGCCUUCACCAGAUCUACAACGACAGAGGUCAUCGGCGAGGGAUAAAUGGUGUGGGAGAAGGCGCAGCGGGUGAUGCGGAGAAGAUUCCGUCAAUCGAGAUCGAUGGAGCAGAAGAACCCUUUAUGUUGUUCGUCGUCUGCGACAAUUGAUUCAUUGGGUUUCGUCAUCACCGCCUCGCAAGCCGCGAUUCAAGUGCCGAGCAAAUCAGCCGUCGAUGAUGAGACGCGGAGGAGAAACGCCGUUGGAGAAGAAUCGGUCUCUGUGUACAUGACAUUCGUCGGCGCCGGAGUAGGGUUUCUCCGCCGGAGGAGAGUUGAAAUUUGGGGAUCUCAUAUGCAGCCGGAGGAGAACGACAACGAUGGAGAACGGAGGAGGAAACGCGUACAAGGUUAUUUUUUAUUUUUAUUAUUUUUAUUGUAAGUUUCCAGUUUUGCCCUUAAUGAAUCGUGUUGUUACGGUGACAAUAGAUAGAGUGUUGUUAUACUAUCUUCUCUCCCAGACUAGACAAAUAAAAAAGGGCGGGAAUGGGCAAAUUACUAACCGGCGAUUUCCCGUAAUGGAAUUGCUUCAUCCCGAAGUACUCCAGUGGUGAGAAGGAAAAGGAAGCCAAGCGGACUUCUUCCACUCGUGAUUUGGCUUCUUGUUUACCAACAAAAUGUUCAUUUUCAGUGUGCAGAUUAAAUUGGUUGGACUUUUCGGAUCAAUUGGUCAGGUUGGGGGUGAAGAAAAAGAAUCCAAUCUCUAUGUUUAUCACUCAAAAAGCAUUGAACGAGGGUUUUGUUUUGUUCAACCUUCUGGUUGUCAGUUUUGGUAGGGAUGGACUGCAAUCAUGUUGAUCAUAUAGGUAAAUUAAUAGAACCGAAACACAUGUAUGAUCAGUGGCGGACCUAGGAUUGUCGGAGAGGUGUGUCGCCGAUAAAAUAAAAUAAUAAUUAAAUUAAAAUUAAGUAGAAAUUUAAAAAAAUUAAUUCAUAAAGUUCACAAUGUCAUGUUUACAACGAAUCACGAUGACUUUUCAUCUGCUUAAAUGUCUCUAAAAUACAUUAAUCACUUAUACUGCAAAGAAAAUCUUUUUCAAUAUACACAACUAAACAGUCAUUCAUAAAUUGGUCACUCAACCUAUUUCGAAGAUCAUUCUUGAUUAUCUUCAUAGCUAAAAAAUGUUCUUUCGCAGCUUGUCGUUGCAACAUGUAAUGAUGGAGAGUUAGUGGCCGUCUGGGCUAUUGGCCAUUAGGCCUGUGGUUUUUUUUUUCUAUUUUAAUUAUAGGUCGAGGCCCAUCACGCAUGUAUAUUGUAUGGGUUGAGAGUUUUUUUUUUAAUAGGAAUUGAUAGGAUUAUGAUUUAUGAGUUAUUUUAAACAAAAUUAAAAAGGAUUAUGAAUAAAAUUAAUUUAUUCGG